UCCCAUUUUAAAUUCUGCAUUUUUGUAAUUUUAUUUUUCGAAUUUCGCAGUUAUUUCUUGCUUUUAAAUGGAUUUUGUCAUAAUUUUCGUUGAUCGAGUUCCUGUUUUAUCAGUUGAUAUUUCGCUGGCAUGUAAUUUUUUGUCGGAUUAUUCAUAUGGCUGUUAAUACGCACCGAUUUUUUACUUAACGGUUUAAGUUUUUAACUGAAUCGUUCGUUCGAACAACCGUUUUUUGUCGAAUUUUGUUGAUCUUUUAAUUUUGCCGCUUUUCCUCGCAUUCUCCGCACACAAUCACAAUUUUUUGCUGUAAAUUUUAAGGUUUCGAAGACCUUCGAGUAUUUCGACGAUUUUAUCGUUUGCCCGGAUUGCACCGUAGCUCUCAAUUCAAGUGGCAUUAUAUUAUUAUUGUACCUGGGUCGUGCUGAAAAAUGGCAGCUGUAAAUCGACGUGUUGUGGACGAGAUCACUCUGGAUUCCGAUUCGGAUGAUGAUGCUCCAAAAAAUACAAUGGACGACAACGAUUCCAUCAUCAUAGUAUCUCCGGGUCCAUCCGUGCCUCGGAAAGCCGUGGUGGGCUUAUCAGUCCCGCCGAAAGAUGACGCCCCAUCCAAGAAACGACCCUUAUCCUCCGAUCAGGACCAGCUGGAUUUGUCGCCCUUGAGCCUGACGAUCGAGGACCCCCUGUCUCCUCUGUCCCGCUCCACCCACAUCUCCCUGCCGAUCCUGCAGCAUCGCAGCGAACAGGUGAAGCAGCUGUUGGAAGAGUACGGCGAGGAAGACAACGGAUGGGGCUUCAAGGUGUUCAACAAGACGGUGGAGGGACAGGAAGUGGCCGUGGCCUUCUCGCUGUGCCUUAUGCCCGUACUGAACCGCCACGACAAUCCCGAAGAUUCCUUCCAUUUAUUCGCGGUCGAACAGUUUGAGGACGAUAUGGGAGAGGUGGAGAAUGGGCAUGGCUUUAAAGUCUUCCCACCAAUUCGACUGCGCGUGGAGUUUGCGGGCUUCGCAGUGUACAGUGCCAAGUUCAUUCUUAACUGCUCGUGGCUGCUCAAAGACCAUAUGAGACGUCUGAUCGCGGAAAUGCAACGCCAUUAUGUCAAGCAUAAUUUCUCCGUUCUCAAAGCAAUUGAUUGGCUGGAACGCAAGUCGAUUAAGUUCCUUUCCAUUAUGAAUCGGCGUCGUCUGUAUUACGUGUCGCCCCUCGUUCCCAACAAGCAGCCUUAUCACAUUGUCUUUCACGAGCCGCGCAGCAUGCUGCAGGUAUUCCGCAGUCAUGCGGCCAAAGUGGAGGCUUGCCAGGCGGCGGGGCUGGAUGCUCGUCGCACGUUUGACUGCGAUAUCUGUUUUGAUCAUCGCCCGGUGAUGGCAGCGCUGAUCUUCUCCGGAUGUGGGCAUUAUUUCUGUCGCCGAUGUGUGGCACAGGAUCUGACAAUCAAAAUCCAGGAUGCAGUGUUGGAUCUGACCUGUUUAGCCAAAGACUGCAAAAGUAAAGUGGAUGUGACACUGUUGCGCACAUUGGUUGACCAUAAGACAUUCCAACGCUACUGUGAUCUGACGACGGAGGUGUUCGUGGAUAAUAGUGUGCUGAUGGUCCGUUGUCCGCGCAAAGAGUGCAGUGUGCCCAUGGAGCUGCAUCCGGAUGCGCCGCGGGAACUCAGGUGUCUGACCUGUGAUUAUCAUUUUUGUGCUACUUGCAAGAACAAGGCGCAUCCGGGCACGCCGUGUUUGACAGACGAGCAAAAAAAGCAGAUUCGUGACGAAUGGAAUGCGGCCGACGAGCGACGUAGAGAAGAAAUGCGCAAGCAGUAUGGUGCUGAGAACAUCAAAUUCGCCUUCCAGGACGCAGAGUCGGAAGAAUGGAUCACUCAGAACUCCAAACCGUGUCCGAAAUGUAAAACUCCCAUCCAGAAAGUGUCCGGCUGCAAUAAGAUGAUCUGUACGUCCAAGGGUUGUCGCACGUACUUCUGCUGGCUGUGCCUGGCCGUCCUGCCGCCUGAAGACCCAUACCGUCACUUCAGCGACCAGGCCGUACCGUGCGCCAAUCGUCUGCACGAACAGCCCAACGGCUUCAACCCGGCUAAUGCCAAUGGAAUGCUUCCGAUUUUCCGUGCCCCGGCGCCUCCGGGCUUCCCCGUCCCUCCAAUGAAUCUACGCGCAGCUCAUCGGGCAGCCGUCCGUGCUCAGCGUGCGCACGCCAUUGCUCUGGCCGGUCUAGCUCGUGGCCGUGGAGCUGCGGUUCGCCGACGUGGUCCUACUCCGCCACGACGACGCGCGGGCGCGGAUGAGGGACGUGCUUUCCGCCCGCCUGAUGCUCAAGUUAAUUUGCACGUGCAUGCUCCGGUUCCUGCACAGGAAUUCAUGCGUAUGCCGCCGCCGCUCCCACAGGUGCCGCUGCAUAUGCCGCAUUACGCGGUCGGUUUAGGAAUGCCAAUGCCGCCGCAACCGGUCAUGCCUCAGCGUCACCAUCAGGGGAUGCCGCCGGUCUUUGUGGGCCACAUGCCUGUAGAUAUGGUGUGGCGUGACGGGGGUCAUGGGCGCGGCGUGAUGCCGCCAGCACAACCCAUUCUGAACCCAGUGCCUGCACAGCCUAUUUUGAAUCCAAUGCCCAUGUUGCGCCAGCUGCAACAACAGCAGAUGGCCCCACUGCAGCCGCCGCCGCGCCCCGUCAAUCCACCACCCAUGGCCCACAAUCUGCAGGGCAUUCAGUUGCAUCGUCAGCAUCCCUUUCUCAAUGCGCAGGAGUACGACGAGCUCCUGAACGACAUUGACGGAUUGGUUCAGGGCAAUUUCUGAUCUGCGUUAUACGCUGUGAUGAAGGGAGUGUGCUCAGUGUACAGCCUGGCUUUCGUGUGGAUGUUUUUACCGCCGUUCCUUUGGGUUUAUUUUUUAAUGCGCGACAUUUCUUGUCUCUUUUAGUUUGUCUGUGCGUUUCCCUGUAUUUUUGUGGCAAGUGUUUGACUGCUGUUUCAGCUUUUUUGGGUUAUUGGAUAUUUUAUUCAGUAUGCUUCGAUACACCGUGAAAAAUUUGCGUUCUAAUCGGAAAGCUGAAAAAGGGGAUUCGCAGUGAUUCUUGACAGUUCGCAGAAUCUCUAAUAUAAAGUCAAUAAAGAGUUACCGCAGUGUGAA